AUGGAUCCCCAAACCAAUCCCUCGGUACAUCUUGUCGAUUCGCACAUCUCAGCCAACGUUCGGCAUGACCCCAACCCCGACCGCAAAGAUGCUGUAGCAACGGUCGGCUCCAGCCCAAAACAGCAUGGUAGGGAUCGAGAAGCAUUUGAGACCGAAAAUCAAGUGAGCCAUGCGGACGCUGACGAAUUUCCGGGUGAUCGGGGGGCAUUGUCGGCUUGUGUUGUGCUAUUCGGAGCGUUUGUCACGCUGUUCCCGUCGUUCGGGUUUAUGGUUAGCAUCGGUACCCUCCAGGACUACUGGCAUUUCAAUCAAUUGCACAUGUACUCAUCGAGGGACAUCGGCUGGAUUCCAUCUGUCUUUGUGUACUUGGCCCUGAGCUUGGGCAUAUGCGCCGGGCCACUAUUCGACAUGUAUGGACCAAAGUGGUUGUUGCUCGGGGGCAGCGCUAUGUACAUUGUCAUGACCUUCCUUUUGGCACAGUGCAGUGAAUACUACCAAUUCAUGCUGUGUCUGGGAUUUCUGGGAGGUCCAGCUGGCGCGGCCCUGACAACGACGAGCCUGGCUACGGUCAGUCACUGGUUUAAGAUCAGAAGAGGAUUGGCAGCCGGGUUGGCCAUGGUCGGAUCGAGCUUCGGCGGCGUUGUGAUUCCUCUGGUCCUACGCGCAACACUACCCCGGUACGGCUACGCCUGGUCGGUGAGGAUAUUGGGCUUCAUCUUCUCAGCCUGCCUGAUUGUGGGCAAUCUGCUCCUGAAGGCACGGCUGCCUCCGUCACCAGAUGCAAAGAAGCAGCGGAUCUUGUCGUUUCGACUGUUCGGAGACCCGGCAUUCAGUUUUCUGACCGUGAGUGUCUUCGGGAUAGAGGUGGUAUUAUUUGGAGCACUUGGGAUACUUCCUACCUAUGCCAGCAUGGGGACGGACUAUCCACGAGACACGGGUUUUUACCUGAUUGCGGUGAUGAAUGGAGUCUCGUGCCUGGGCCGCAUCAUUCCGGGCUUUGUCAGCGACGUGGUGGGCCGCUUCAACGUUUUUGGGGUCAUGAUGGUUGGAACGCUGUUUUUCAUGCUGGUCAUCUGGCUUCCGUUUGGACACACCAGCCUGGCGGCCCUGUAUGUUUUUGUGGCCUUUUUCGGCUUUGGGACAGGAUCCUGGAUGGCCAUGACACCAGCAUGCUUGGGCCAGCUCUGUGGAGCAGAGAACUUUGGUCGAUACUAUGGCACGUGCUAUUUCAUCGCGAGCUUGUCGACACUCAUCUGUAUUCCCAUUUCAGGCGAGUUGGUGCAACGGGUAGGACCUCAGCCGAUGGUUGGUUUCAUGUGUGCCGUAUUGGCCGUGAGUAUUGGCACGUUUAUCACCAGCCGAUGGGCAUGCUUGGGCUGGCGCUGGAAGUGGAUGGCCAAAGUGUAG